AUGAAUGGUGAAAGGUUCCCAGUUGAACCGAAGGUGGCGGAAAAGUCAGUGUUGAUCAAAAAUAUGAUUCGUGAUUUGAAUCCCGAUGGAUUACAAGAAGAUUUUGAGAUCCCAACACCUAAUGUUCGUGCCAAUGUUAUGAACAAAGUAUUGGAAUGGUGUACCCAUCAUAAGGAUACUGCCUUCUCUGAAGAUGACGAUGAUGAUGCUAGAAGAGCAUCACCAGUUGAUGAAUGGGAUAAGAAUUUUUUAAAGGUUGAUCAAGAAAUGCUUUAUGAGAUUAUUACUGCUGCAAAUUAUUUAAACAUACGGCCUUUAUUAGAUUCUGGCUGUAAAGUGGUGGCAGAAAUGAUUCGGAAUAAAUCUCCAGUUGAAUUAAGAAGAGUGUUCAACAUUGUUAAUGACUUCACUCCUGAAGAGGAACUUGCGUUGAAGAAAGAAAACGAAUGGGCCGAAGACCGUUAA